CGCCUCGCCACGGCCCCAUCUGACGAGCGGCCAUUCAUCAGGCCGGCUGGCCUAUCAAUGACAUUGCUCCCAUCGGGGCUCCUAUAAAAUGAUGCUUUUUCCCAUGAAACAUCCGCAAACAUUUUGACGGGUUUGGCUUUGCCCGGCUGGAUUACUGAGUGUCCCCUUGCUCGCUCGCUCUUUCUCUCUCCCCCUUCUCCGAGCUCUCUCCCUUCUCUCUCUCUCCUCUUUUCUUCUUUCUCUGUUCUCCUUUCUCUUUCUGCCUUUUCCUUUUCUUCUUUAUCCUUCCGUCCUUGCACUCUCUGCGUCUCUUUCUCCUUCUCCCCUCCUUCCUCCCUUCCUCCCUGGGCAGCUCUAGCACAGGGGACCCCCAAACAUCAGGACUUUUGGGGGGCGCCUGUGCUGUCCAUGGGAAGAGCAUGCAUUGUGGGUUACUGGAGGAACCCGACAUGGAUUCCACAGAGAGCUGGAUUGAAAGAUGUCUCAACGAAAGUGAAAACAAACGUUAUUCUAGCCACACAUCUCUGGGGAAUGUUUCUAAUGAUGAAAAUGAGGAAAAAGAAAAUAAUAGAGCAUCCAAGCCCCACUCCACUCCUGCUACUCUGCAAUGGCUGGAGGAGAAUUAUGAGAUUGCAGAAGGGGUCUGCAUCCCUCGCAGUGCCCUCUACAUGCAUUACCUGGAUUUCUGUGAGAAGAAUGACACCCAGCCCGUCAAUGCUGCCAGCUUUGGAAAGAUCAUAAGGCAGCAGUUUCCUCAGUUAACCACCAGAAGACUCGGGACCCGAGGACAGUCAAAGUAUCAUUACUAUGGCAUCGCGGUGAAGGAAAGCUCCCAAUAUUAUGAUGUGAUGUAUUCCAAGAAAGGAGCCGCCUGGGUGAGCGAGACGGGCAAGAAAGAAGUGAGCAAACAGACGGUGGCAUAUUCACCCCGGUCCAAACUUGGAACAUUGCUGCCAGAGUUUCCAAAUGUCAAAGAUCUAAAUCUGCCGGCCAGUCUGCCAGAGGAGAAGGUUUCUACCUUUAUUAUGAUGUACAGAACACACUGUCAGAGAAUACUGGACACUGUAAUAAGAGCCAACUUUGAUGAGGUUCAAAGUUUCCUUCUGCACUUUUGGCAAGGAAUGCCGCCCCACAUGCUGCCCGUGCUGGGCUCCUCCACGGUGGUGAACAUCGUCGGCGUGUGUGACUCCAUCCUCUACAAAGCUAUCUCCGGAGUGCUGAUGCCCACUGUGCUGCAGGCGUUACCUGACAGCUUAACUCAGGUGAUCCGAAAGUUUGCCAAGCAGCUGGAUGAGUGGCUAAAAGUGGCUCUCCAUGACCUCCCAGAAAAUUUACGAAACAUCAAGUUUGAAUUGUCGAGAAGAUUUUCCCAAAUUCUGAGACGGCAAACAUCACUAAAUCACCUUUGCCAGGCAUCUCGGACAGUGAUCCACAGUGCAGACAUCACAUUCCAAAUGCUGGAAGACUGGAGGAACGUGGACCUCAACAGCAUCACCAAGCAAACCCUUUACACCAUGGAAGACACUCGAGAUGAGCACCGGAAGCUCAUAAUCCAGUUGUAUCAGGAGUUCGACCAUCUCCUGGAGGAGCAGUCUCCCAUCGAGUCCUACAUCGAGUGGCUGGACACCAUGGUGGACCGGUGUGUUGUGAAGGUGGCUGCCAAGAGGCAGGGGUCCCUGAAGAAGGUGGCCCAGCAGUUCCUCUUGAUGUGGUCCUGUUUUGGCACAAGGGUGAUCCGGGACAUGACCUUGCACAGUGCCCCCAGCUUCGGGUCUUUUCACCUAAUUCACUUGAUGUUUGAUGACUAUGUGCUCUACCUGUUAGAGUCCCUGCACUGCCAGGAGCGCGCCAAUGAGCUCAUGCGAGCCAUGAAGGGAGAAGGAAGCACCGCAGAAGUCCGAGAGGAGAUUAUCUUGACGGAGGCUGCCCCACCAACCCCUUCACCAGUGCCAUCGUUUUCUCCAGCAAAAUCUGCCACGUCCGUGGAAGUUCCACCUCCCUCUUCCCCUGUCAGCAACCCAUCCCCUGAGUACACUGGCCUCAGCACUACAGGAGCGAUGCAGUCAUACACGUGGUCUCUAACGUACACAGUGACAACGGCGGCAGGGUCCCCAGCCGAAAACUCCCAACAGCUGCCCUGUAUGAGGAGUACACACGUGCCUUCCUCCUCAGUCACACACAGGAUCCCAGUUUAUCCUCACAGAGACGAGCACGGAUACACGGGAAGCUAUAACUAUGGGAGCUAUGGCAACCAGCAUCCUCCCCCAAUGCAGAGCCAGUACCCGGCCCUCCCGCACGACACAGCCAUCUCGGGACCGCUCCACUACUCCCCGUACCACAGGAGCUCCGCACAGUACCCGUUUAAUAGCCCCACUUCCCGGAUGGAACCUUGUUUGAUGAGCAGUACUCCCAGACUGCAUCCUACCCCAGUCACCCCCCGAUGGCCAGAGGUGCCCACAGCCAACACGUGCUACACAAGCCCGUCUGUGCAUUCCACAAGGUAUGGAAACUCUAGUGACAUGUACACACCCCUGACCACGCGCAGGAAUUCUGAGUAUGAGCACAUGCAACACUUUCCUGGCUUUGCUUACAUCAACGGAGAGGCCUCCACAGGAUGGGCUAAGUGACUGCUUUCAUAGGAAUCCAUAUUUAAUAUUAAUAAUAAUUAUUAAUAA